CGAAGUUUCAUCGGGCUUACAUUAGAGUGAGACAGUGGUACAUAUGUAGAGCAGUAAAGUUAGACUGCUUGCCAUUACAUUGUGUCGGUGUACACGGUGAACAGCGCACAAUGGAUGAGUUCACCGAUGAAGAAAUUGAAAAAUUAAUAGAUCUGGUGUCCAAACAAUGUGAUCUCUACGACCCCAAUAGCCGAAAGUUUAAAAGUCUUCACAGGCGUCAGGCGAUCUGGAAUGAUAUAGGAAAUAGUUUAAACAAAGACGGCGCGGCCUGCAAAUCACAAUGGAAGAAAUUAAGAGAUAGGUAUCGGCAUUUCAAGAAAACGAAUAUAGUUGUUACUGAUAGCUCGCCUGCAAAAUGGAAACAAUGCCAGUUAAUGACGUUCUUAGAUAUUGAUAACCAAAAAGUCAGUGCCCGGAAUACAGAUGCGACCACAAGCGACGCAUGUUCCGCGUCUGAUGCCGACAGAAACGAGCAAACCUUUACCAAUGUUCCACCGAACGACUCUUCCACUCCUCGUACAAAGAACUUUGAAGAGAUAUACAAAUAUAUUACAGGUGUGCGAAAGACAAACCCAAUGCACCAUUCCAAUUCUAACAAUAUUUUGAAAUCUCAAAAAGCAGAAAAUGACGAUGAAUUGAGCUCAUUUUCGUCACAUGUACGAGAUGUUUUAAAAAUAUUGCCUCGAUCUUUACAAAUCAAGGCAAAAAAGGAAAUAUUUCAAGUCCUGAAUAAAUAUGAGACUCUGGCCUGUGACAGUGAUUCCUCUGACAUGAGUAUUAGUGAUAGCAAUGAUACGAGUAAUAGCAGCGCGCCUUUACGUGAUUCAGUUGCGACGGAAACGCAUUCAUUUGGCCAUCCACAAGUUUCAGCACAGCAGCACCAAAUACAAAGUCAAAAUAAUCCUCAAGUAGAUUUUGACAUUUUACGUGACUUUACAUUCCAAUGAAUAACUAUAUUAUUACGCCUCUCUUAUAGCUUAUUUGUGGAUUACUGCAUUUUAAAGGUGAAAAAAGGAAAGGAAAAAUGUGAAUUGAUUCUUAUAUACAAUAAAUAAUCGUUAAAUAUA